CAUCUCUCUUGACAAAUGGUCGCGUGGAUAAAUAAAAGCGACGUAAGUCGCUUCUCCGAGCACAGAGCUAAUCUCCAAGUGGAUUUAUUAUUCUUUAUUUAUUUAAUUUCCUUAUAGACGGCGGCUGAUCGGCGUAAUGGCCGGAGUAAUCAUCCCACCCGCCUCUCUACUCAAACGCAUCGCCGAGAUUGCUGAGAUUCCACUCAACGCCGGCGUGUUCAAGAAGGAUUGCACAGAUCUCACUCGGCGAGUCUCUCUCCUGACGCAUUUGAUAGAGGAGAUUAAAGACUCAAACCAGAUCGAUUCAGCCGCUUCAUCUUCGUCGGAGAAUGACUGGUGGUCUGAUCUCGUGGUGGCGCUUGAAGCCUCGAAGCGUCUCCUCUCCUCAGCCGCCCGAUUCCAAGCUCGCGACUCAUCUGACGUUGCUGCGAAGAGAAUCUCGUUCCAGUUCCAAUGCGUUACAUGGAAGCUUGAGAAAGCGUUAAGCAAUCUACCAUACGAUCUUUACGAUAUCUCUGACGAAGUUAGAGAACAGGUGGAGCUAGCGAGAUCGCAGCUGAGAAGAGCGAUGCAGAGAUACGGUUUACUGAACUCUAACAAGUUCUCGAGUGCCUUAUUUGAGUUGAUGGAGAGAGAUGUAAAGAUCAAAGCUGAGGAAGAGAAGGAUGAGAGUGUUGCAGAGACACUUCAUCUCGCUGAGGAGAAGAAGCAGCUGACGAAAAGCCCUUCCAUCUCUUUGGCUUUUUACUUGUCCAAAGACGCGGAUAGCGAGAGAUUAGACAAAAUGGUCACCAAGAACACUGAUGAAUCGAGUAAACUCACGGUUCCUGUUGACUUUCUGUGUCCUGUGUCUCUUGAACUGAUGAAGGAUCCUGUUAUUGUCUCCACAGGACAGACUUACGAGAGGGCGUACAUACAGAGAUGGAUCGAUUGUGGGAACCUAACAUGUCCAAAGACUCAGCAGAAACUCCAAAACUUUACUCUCACUCCAAACUACGUGCUCAGAAGCUUGAUCUCUCGGUGGUGCACUGAACACAACAUUGAGCAACCUGCAAACGGCAGGUGUGGAGACAUGUCAAUGAUCAGGUCACUGGUUCGCAGUCUCUCAAACCGGUCCCUAGAGGAACGCAGGAACGCAGUUUCUGAGAUCCGUUCUAUGUCAAAGAGAAGCACAGACAAUCGCAUUAUGAUUGCAGAAGCAGGAGCGAUCCCUGUUUUGGUGAACCUCUUAACAACCUCAGAGGACGUCGCCACGCAGGAGAACGCAAUCACUUGCCUUCUCAACCUCUCUAUAUACGACAACAACAAAGAGCUGAUAAUGUUCGCUGGUGCAGUCACGUCAAUAGUUCAAGUACUUAGAGCCGGAACCAUGGAAGCAAGAGAAAACGCAGCGGCUACACUCUUUAGCCUCUCGUUAGCCGAUGAGAACAAGAUCAUAAUAGGCGGGUCUGGUGCGAUACCUGCCUUGGUUGAUCUUCUCGAGAACGGGACGCCGAGAGGGAAGAAAGACGCAGCGACUGCAUUGUUCAACCUCCUCAUUUAUCAGGGGAACAAAGGCAGAGCGGUUAGAGCAGGUAUAGUACCUGCUUUGGUUAAGAUGCUAAGUGAGACGAGCAGCCACAGGAUGAUGGUUGAUGAAGCUUUGACAAUACUCUCGGUCCUUGCAAGUAACCUAGACGCUAAGUCCGCGAUGGUUAAAGCGAAUACUUUACCUGCGUUGAUAGGUAUUCUCCAGACGGGUCAAGGUAGAAACAGAGAGAACGCAGCAGCGAUAUUGCUUUCGUUGUGUAAGAGAGACAAUGAGAGACUGGUCUUGAUAGGAAGACUCGGUGCGGUUGUGCCGUUGAUGGAGCUAUCUAAGAAUGGAACAGAGAGAGGUCAAAGGAAAGCUGUGUCUUUGUUAGAGCUUCUACGUAAAGCAUGUCAAUGAUUAUUAGUGGUCUGAAAAUAAAAGAAAAAGGUUGGUCAAUCUCUCUUUUUUUUUGGAAAAUUGGCUGGCUAUUUGUUUGAUUAUUAUGUUAAUAUUUUGUUCAAUUGAUUUGAUAUUUUUGUGGGAUAUUAAUUUCAUUUGCGGAAUCGAAUGUGGAGAUGGUGAGGCCAAAAGGGUUUUCGAGAAUCGAAACUCUUAUUUGGUUUUCUGUGUAUUUAUUUUUGUUAUAUUUGUAAUGAAUUUGGGGAACAAUAAGCAUUGGUUUCUGAUU